UGGAUCCCACUAAUGGAGGCAGUUUCAGUUUAGUCCAUGACUGCAUUUCACUCACUGCCUCUGUUUGUAUCUCAGUCACUGCAGGACCAACACGGAGCGAGAAGUCAGCGCUCUCAGGAGGCCGACAAACCUCACAGAAUAAAGGGAGAGAAAAAAUACAGCUGUGAUGAGUGUGGGAAGAAUUUUACCCAUCUUGGAAACUUUAAAGCACACCAACUGGUCCACAGUGGAGAUAAACCGUACAGAUGUGACUUGUGUGGGAAGAAUUUUACCCAGCAAGGACACCUAAAAUCACACCAAGUCAUUCACAGUGGAGUUAAACCAUACAGCUGUGAGUUGUGUGGAAAGUCUUAUACCCAUCCUGGAAGGUUAAAAACACACAAACUCAUCCACAGUGAAGAGAAAGCGUACAGCUGUGAGUUGUGUGGUAAAGCUUUUACUUGCAGUGGUAACUUACAGCGUCAUCAAGUUGCUCACUUUGGAAUUAAGGCGUACAACUGUGAUCAGUGUGGAAAAACUUUUGCUUGUAGUGGCCGCUUACAACGUCAUCAAUUUACCCACUCUGGAAUCAAGGCGUACAACUGUGAUCAGUGUGGAAAAACUUUUUCUUGCAGUAGCCACUUACAACGUCAUCAAGUUACUCACUCUGGAUUUAAAGCAUACAGCUGCGACUUGUGUGGAAAGUCUUUUAAUGAUCCUGGAAACUUGAAAAAACACCAACUCAUCCACAGUGGAGUUAAAUCGUACAUGUGUGAGUUGUGUGGAAAGUCUUUUACCCAGGCUGGAAACUUAAAAAGACACCAAGUCAUCCACAGUGGAGUUAAACCAUACAGUUGUGAGUUGUGUGGUAAAGCUUUUAGUUGCAGUAGCACCUUAAGACAUCAUCAAGUUACUCACUCUGGAAUCAAGGCGUACAGCUGUGAUCAGUGUGGUAAAGCUUUUGCUUUCAGUAGCACCUUACGACAUCAUCAAGUUACUCACUCUGGAAUUAAGGCGUACAGCUGUGGCAUUUGUGGAAAAACUUUCAGGACGCUAGGUUACCGCAAUAUUCACGUACGGAUUCACACCAGACAUGAUGUUUACUCCUGUGAUCUGUGUGGCAAACUGUUUACAACAUAUCCACACUUGCAACGCCACAAACUUACCCACACUGAGGAGAGACCUUAUAAAUGUGACCUGUGUGAAAAGGCUUUUAAAGAGCCACGUUUCCUGAGAUUUCACCGUCAGAUCCACACCAGAAAGAGACUAUAAGUGCAGUUACUGUGAGAAGCAGAGCGACACAGAUGGAUCCAGUUCUCCACCCUGUCGUCACUGUGGUGGUGGGAAAGCGUGUCAGUCAGCAAUGGAGUGUAAAACGACAUCAACGUACACAGAGUGGUGACAAAAUGAGCUACUGCAAAGAAUGUGGGAAAAGCUUCCCCACAUCAAGUGAAUUAAAAAGACAUGAAUUCUGUCACAGUGGGGUUAAAAAGCAGCUUCAAGAAUCUCAGUUCAUACUCCAAACAUGAACGAUCCCACGCUGUAAAUAGUUUUACUCUUACUAAUGUGCAAAAACAUUCACUUCAUUUUCUGCUCUGUGCAAACAUCAGCGUGAUCAUGCAGGACUGAAAUCACUGGAUCACAAUGGAUCUGAAGAGACAGUGAAUAAUCCUGGAUGUUAAAUUUAUGAAUCUGCAAGUAUAGAUAUCUACGCCAAGAUUUUUUCCCUUUCUUACAACCACUGAUCAAUGGCCAUGAGUACCAUUCGCAGAGAAUAGGGAUAUACGUGAAAAUGGAACGACCAUCUCUGAAUCGAGGAGGGGGCCUAAGGGUACAUCUUUCACCAUCUUACAACGCU